UUUCCCCAAUUUCCAUCAUUUUAGUUCUCCCCAAAAAAGCGGACUUAUACAAACCCUUGAAAGAGAAGCAUCAGUCAUAAGAAACUAAUUCAUGGCGAAGCCCUCAAAACAGCGAUCUUCUUCCGAAGACGCUUCCAAUUCUUCCGAAGAUGAACAUCUCAAUGAUCAGAUCGUUGAAGAAGACGACGAAGAACUCGAAGCUGUUGCUAGACCUGUUGAUUCUGACGAUGACGCUGAUGAUGAUGUACCUUGUCAUGAUGAUGGAGAGGAUGACUUUGAGGAUGGAAAUGUUGCUGGUAAUGAAGUUUCUAAGCGUGAAAAGGCAAGGCUGAAAGAAAUGGAAAAGCUAAAGAAGAAGAAAAUUCAAGAAAUAUUGGACAAACAAAAUGCUGCAGUUGAUGCUGACAUGAACAACAAGGGUAAGGGGCGUUUGAAGUACCUUCUUCAGCAGACUGAGAUAUUUGCUCAUUUUGCCAAGGGCGAACAUUCCGCCACCCAGAAGGCAAAGGGAAGAGGACGACAUGCAUCCAAGGUAACUGAAGAAGAAGAAGAUGAGGAAUAUCUCAAGGAGGAAGAAGCUGGAACUGCAAAUACAAGACUUCUCACACAGCCUUCAUGUAUUCAGGGAAAGAUGAGAGACUACCAGCUUGCUGGAUUGAACUGGCUCAUCCGAUUGUAUGAGAAUGGUAUAAAUGGAAUCCUUGCAGAUGAGAUGGGUCUGGGUAAAACUUUGCAAACUAUCUCUUUGUUGGGCUAUCUCCAUGAAUUUAGAGGUAUUACUGGGCCGCACAUGGUUGUUGCUCCGAAAUCAACCCUUGGAAACUGGAUGAAUGAAAUAAAGCGUUUUUGCCCAGUUUUGAGGGCUGUGAAAUUUCUAGGAAAUCCCGAGGAGAGGAGACAUAUACGCGAAGAUUUGUUGGUUGCUGGAAAAUUUGAUGUCUGUGUCACUAGUUUUGAAAUGGCUAUUAAAGAAAAGACUUGUUUGCGACGCUUUAGUUGGCGAUAUAUUAUAAUUGAUGAAGCGCAUCGUAUCAAAAAUGAAAACUCUCUUCUUUCGAAAACAAUGAGGCUUUUUAAUACCAAUUACCGUUUACUCAUUACUGGAACUCCACUUCAGAACAAUCUCCAUGAACUGUGGUCACUUCUGAACUUCUUAUUGCCAGAGAUUUUUAGUUCUGCAGAAACUUUUGAUGAGUGGUUUCAGAUAUCUGGGGAAAAUGACCAGCAGGAGGUUGUUCAACAACUUCAUAAGGUCCUCAGACCCUUUCUUCUUCGGAGACUGAAGUCAGAUGUCGAGAAAGGUUUACCUCCAAAAAAAGAAACAAUCCUUAAAGUGGGCAUGUCUCAAAUGCAAAAGCAGUAUUAUAGGGCUUUACUGCAAAAGGAUCUUGAAGUUGUUAAUGCUGGUGGAGAGCGUAAACGCCUUCUGAAUAUUGCUAUGCAACUGAGAAAAUGUUGUAAUCAUCCAUAUUUAUUCCAAGGUGCUGAACCUGGUCCACCGUACACCACAGGAGACCACUUGAUUACUAAUGCUGGAAAAAUGGUUUUGCUGGAUAAGUUGCUUCCUAAGUUGAAGGAGCGUGGCUCUAGGGUUUUAAUCUUUUCACAGAUGACAAGGCUGCUCGAUAUAUUGGAGGAUUAUCUUAUGUUCCGCGGUCACCAGUAUUGCCGGAUAGAUGGUAAUACUGGCGGGGAUGAUCGUGAUGCAUCUAUUGAAGCUUUUAACAAGCCUGGAAGCACAAAAUUUGCGUUCUUACUGUCUACACGAGCUGGUGGCCUUGGAAUCAAUCUUGCAACUGCAGACAUUGUCAUUCUCUAUGACAGUGACUGGAAUCCACAAGUUGAUUUGCAAGCACAGGACAGAGCCCACAGGAUUGGUCAAAAGAAGGAGGUUCAAGUGUUUCGUUUCUGCACGGAGUAUACAAUAGAGGAAAAGGUGAUUGAGAGAGCUUAUAAGAAACUUGCGCUUGAUGCUUUAGUUAUUCAACAAGGACGACUAGCUGAACAAAAGACUGUUAACAAGGAUGAGCUGCUCCAAAUGGUGAGAUUUGGUGCAGAAAUGGUUUUUAGCUCUGGGGAUAGCACAAUUACAGAUGAAGAUAUAGAUCGAAUUAUUGCCAAGGGAGAAGAGGCAACUGCUGAGCUUGAUGCAAAAAUGAAAAAAUUCACAGAGGAUGCAAUUAAAUUUAAGAUGGAUGACACGGCUGAUCUAUAUGAUUUUGAUGAUGAAAAGGAUGAAAAUAAGGUGGACUUCAAGAAACUUGCAAGUGACAAUUGGAUUGAACCGCCAAAACGAGAGAGAAAGCGCAAUUAUUCAGAAUCAGAGUAUUUCAAGCAAACUAUGCGCCAAAGUGGUCCUGCUAGGCCCAAGGAACCUCGCGUACCGCGCAUGCCUCAGUUGCAUGACUUCCAGUUUUUUAACACUCAAAGACUUACUGAAAUAUAUGAGAAGGAAGUCCGGCAUCUUGCGCAAUCUCGUCAGAAAAAUCAGAUUAAAGAUUCCAUAGAUGUCGAUGAGUCUGAUGAAAUGACUGAUCCUCCAUUGACUUCGGAAGAACAACAAGAAAAAGAGCGCUUGUUGGAGGAGGGUUUCUCAACAUGGGCUAGGAGAGAUUUUAAUACCUUCAUCAGAGCUUGUGAAAAGUUUGGUAGGAAUGAUAUUAAGAGCAUUGCUGCUGAGAUGGAAGGAAAAACAUAUGAGGAGGUUGAAAGAUAUGCUAAAGUUUUUAAAGAGAGAUAUAAAGAAUUAAAUGAUUAUGAUAAAAUAAUCAAGAAUAUUGAACGAGGGGAAGCCAGAAUUUCCAGGAAAGAUGAGAUUAUGAAGGGAAUCGGGAAGAAGCUGGAUCGCUAUAAGAAUCCGUGGUUGGAGCUGAAGAUCCAGUAUGGUCAGAACAAAGGGAAAUUGUACAACGAAGAGUGUGAUCGCUUUAUGAUUUGCAUGAUUCACAAACUUGGAUAUGGUAAUUGGGACGAGUUGAAGGCUGCUUUUCGAACAUCUCCACUGUUCCGUUUUGAUUGGUUUGUUAAAUCGCGCACCACUCAGGAACUCGCAAGGAGAUGUGACACACUUAUUCGUUUGGUUGAGAGAGAGAAUCAGGAAUACGAUGAGAGGGAGAGACAGGCACGCAAAGAGAAGAAACUUGCUAAGCAGAAUGCCACACCCUCUAAGCGUGGAAUAAGUCGUCAGCAAGCUGAAAGCCCCACUUCUUUCUUGAAGAAAAGGAAGCAGCUAACAAUGGAUGACUAUGCUGGUAGCUCGGGGAAAAAAAGGAAAUAGCGGAGUUGUGUAAAACUGCCAUUGUGUAGUUACAGGAUCACAUCAUAUUUAAUCCUGAUUAGAUGCAGUAACAUUGUGAAGUAACCUGCCCAUAUUUUUGCAAUAUUCUUUAGGGUUGGGACGGUUUUAUCAUUAGGGCUUUUGGACGAGUUGUAUAGUAUUACUAUUAACGAUAGCACAAAAGAGAACCCAACUUAAAACAUGUUGGUCAGGUUAGUUAGAUGUUGGUUUAGACUUUUUCCAACUGUAAUGAAAAGCUCCUAGAGUCACUAAACCAGUAUUAAGUUUGCUGGCGCCUGGCGAUGCUCCAUUUCAGUAUGAUCUUGUUUUUAAGUUUACUCUCUGAUCCCGACUCCUGAAUAUAUAUUUCUCGUUUACAUUAA